AUGGAAUACCUGCCUGUGGAGCUUGCGAAGAUAAUAGGAAGGAAUAGAGCCGAGCCUGAGGUUCAAGUCAACUGCAUUCUUACUCAAGUCGUGAAAGCUAUUGCAUACAUGCACUCGCUUGGCAUUGCGCACAUGGACAUCAAGGUCCAAAAUAUCGGAAUUGAUUACAUGCGACGAGCAAAAAUCUUUGACUUUGGAAGCUCGCAAAUAAUUCUUGAGAAGAAAUUUGAGACUUCUUGGAUUACAGGUGUGUAA